AUGGAACGAAUUCCUAGACCGCUCGCGACUCAGUUCUUCAGCUUUCCGUUUCCUGUGCCCGUGACAAAGGUUGCUGGUAAAGCGAUAGAUGACUUCUUCAACGUGACAGUCGGACUCGUCUAUCCUUUUCAGCUAGGCUUUUCCCUUGAGAAGGAUAAAGUCAAAUGGCUCGAGAUCAUGUUUCAUGAUAAAGGAUCCUACGACUGCUCUCUGGCGCUCAUCCAAGCGUCAAACGAGAUAUAUCUCGGCAUAGGCUACAACUGCACCAACUCACUGAACUGUAUAUCUCAGACCCUUGAUCAGCUCAAGGUGAGAUUGAAUAGCAAUGAGGCUUUGUCAGACCAUACCAUGUCGAUCGUCAUGGCACUUAUCAAUCAAGAGCAAGCAGCAGAACAUUACGCGGCAGCCGAGACUCAUAUGGCGGGUUUGAAGAAGAUAGUGGACCUUCGUGGUGGGCUGGAGAAUAUCGAAGAUGGAAUUGUUGCUGUCAAGAUUUGCCGGACUGAUAUCCUCUUCGCCAUGCAACAAGGUGGACACCCACUGUUUUAUCGAGACCAUGUGGUUCAUAUAAAAAGGAUCUUGUCGUCUCGGGGCUUCACCUUGGAGAGUAGCUCGGAUACAUACUCCCUCCGCCAUAGCCGACUUGACUCAGCCCUCCAAGAAGCAUCAUUCGACGCCAUGGAAUUGUGCAGACUCUUCAACAAGCACAUGGAUGAGAAGCCUCUAAAUCUACUUGAAUUUCAAGAAGUUUUGAUAUCCAUCUGCUAUCGACUGCUCCGAUUUCGUACUAUUGGUGAAUCCAGGCUCAAGCACGAUAUUCAGUCUGCCUACCAUAUCGGAUUAUCCCUAUUUAUGAUCUCGAUCUACUUUCAUAAUAAGCAGGAUCGCAUGGCGAGACCAGGACUUAUCACAGCUCUUGUGAAGGAAGUCACUGAAUCUAUCUUGGAUGAUAGCGAAGAUGAAUUCGCAUUCUGGCUUCUCAUCUUGGGAGGAAUCUCAGUUCCAAGAAACGAUGGUCGGGAGUGGAUGGUCGAGAAACUCCGAGACCUAGCUUCAAUGCUUGGCGUUAUGAAUUGGGAACAAGCGAAGGAUUGUUUGGCCAUUUUUCCGUGGAUGAAUGCUAUCCAUGACGAACCAAGCCGGAAGUUAUGGGACCUAGUCUGCUUGGUAGACGGAUAAUCACUUCAUGGAGAUAAAGCUAAAAUGAGAGAAACCCGUUAACUCCG